GGAUGCCUGGCUUGGCAGUUGGCAUGGUGAUGUCACCACCUUUCAAGUUCUUGGUAAGGUUUGUGUGGCCUUCUUCGGUGUCUUGGCUCUACAAACAUUCAGCUGUGUUCAUUCUCCUGCGCUCAGUUUGUAUGCAUGUGUCUGUGAAUGUAUAUGUGUGUGAGUGUGUAUUGAACUUCAUGUGUUGAGCUGGAUUAGCCUCUUCUGUAUUGUGCAUCUAGUGCUGAGAAUACUCAACGGGGCUGCUGUGAAGCAUUGGCUCUUGAGGGACAAUGGUGUGGGUCAAACUCAGGGUCUCUCUCUUGCUCCUUCUGCUGGUUGUGAGAUGCAUAGCACUGGAAGAACCCAAGAAGAAUGAAUGUGUUUGUGGACAUCCAGGAAUACCAGGAGACCCAGGCCACAAUGGAAUGCCAGGCCGAGAUGGACGAGAUGGGUUCAGAGGUGACAAGGGUGAUCGAGGUGAAAUCGGCAUCACUGGACCAACUGGACAGAGUGGCUCCAAAGGAGACAAAGGGGAGCUGGGUACAGCUGGUCUGGCAGGAAUUAAGGGCAGACGGGGUGAGAAUGGAGAGAAGGGGCCACCGGGGAAGAUGGGGCCCCAAGGAGUCUCAGGGCCCAUGGGCCUAAAGGGCCAGAAGGGGGAGCUCGGGUUACCAGGAAUCCAGGGACCGAAAGGGGAUUUGGGGCCACUGGGGCCUGAAGGGCAGAAGGGGGAGAUUGGGCUCCAGGGGGACCGAGGCAUCCAGGGGCCCUUGGGAACUCCAGGUCGACCAGGACCGAAGGGAAACCUCGGCCCCCCAGGGUUCAAAGGCAACAUUGGUUACCGCGGAGAGCGAGGGAAUCUGGGCGAGACAGGAGAGAAGGGAGAGAAGGGGGACACAUUCUUCAUCCCAAAAAGCGCGUUCUCAGUGGGUCUAACCGAAUACACCAAACUCCCACCGGCUAACGCACCGAUCAGGUUUGACAAGGUGAUUUACAACCGGCAGGACCAUUAUGACCCACAGACCGGACGGUUCACCUGCGUGGUGUCUGGGGCCUACUACUUUACCUACCACAUCACUGUGUUCUCCCGUAAUGUAAAAGUAGCAUUAGUGAGAAACGGGGUGAAGGUGAUCCACACCAUGGAUAACUAUCAGAGCAGUGAGGACCAGGCGGCAGGCGGGGCUGUGCUGCACCUGGAGAAAGGGGACAAGGUGUGGCUGCAGGUGGCUGGAGGAGAGCUCUUCAACGGGCUGUUUGCUGAUGAAGAUGAUGAUACAACCUUCUCUGGGUUCCUUCUCUUUGGUGCAGAAUAGGGGUUAGGUCCACAUGGCUCAGUGAAGUAACAUGGGAAAGUUACAAUACUUUAUUACCACCUGUUACAUAUGACUUUAAUAUGACUUUAAUAUGACUUGAAUAUGUUAAUAUGAUGUUAAGAUGACUUUAAUAUGUCGUUCACAUGACGUUAAUAGCCUAUCUGUACAGUCAUUUUAGGCAAUGACAAAAGCAUUGUUUAAAUGGUUUGUUAUCAAAUAUGAACAUAAACUAAACAACAAUUGUGUCAAAUAUUUUGAUGCUGCAACUGAUUUCGCCUAUCAUUUAAGAUCAUCUCUCUGAUAACUCAGCAAACUAUGACAGAUUUCCUGUGACGUGUUCUUGUAUCUUGUUUGAUUUCAAUAAAAUGUCAUACACUGUAAACAA